UAUGCACUUGCCGUGCAUCAUUCCUGACUGGUCUCAACUGAUAUGGUUGAAUCACAAAAUCGGACAGUUCGUCAGAAAACAGAAAUUAAUCCAUAUCCAUUAAAUACAGUGAUAUAUUUCGUUGAACAAAACGGUAGGCCUACACUAUUUUCAUUGCGUGGUUUACAUCGAUGGGUCGUUGUGACGUCACAAACACCCAUAAUCAAGAACGAUAAGCGGGUAACAAAUUCAUUCUAUGUACAAGUUUACAGCUUUUUUUCUCAUCAAUCCAAAGACAAUAUUUUUUAUUAAACGCUAUUUGAUUUUCAUUCAUACCCAUCUUUAUGUUUUUAAAGUAAAAUACCACUGUUAGAAAUCGUUUCAUAUGACUUUACAUGGGCUUCAAUAAUCCCGUUUAAAGUGAGCAUUUCGUAAAAUGAAUGGUUCUUAAAAUGAUCUAAUUUGUAAAUACAACCUGGUUUUAGCUUAAAAGAUGUCUGACGUGUUUCACAUCAAUUUCUGAGCGAUUAUUUGCUUCUUUUGACUACGGAUUGCUACUUUACAUCUUCAAGAUGGAGGCCUCACUGCAGGUUUUGAAUUUAUUAAACUGCUGCAAAGAUUGAGGCGGAAAUAUUCAAUUGACCCUAGUGAAGACCCUUGACAAUUCAGGAAGUGUGUGUAUGGCAUAUCAAUAAAAUUACAUUUUAGCGAUCAUAUUGAUGCUGUAUACAUAGGAAUUAGAUUUUUUAAAGACAGAACACCAUCAACAUAUAUCAAUGGAUAAAAUCAAUACUAUAUGAUAGCAAUGGAAUUUAAUUUCUGUUCAUGUCUCUUUUUGUGGUUUUUGUCUCCUUAUACCACGUCUUCUGCCUCCCAAUUAUGUGAAGGUCCUGACGGGGACGUAUGCUGUAGUGGAUAUAUAUGGAAUGAAACACAAAAUACCUGUACACCUUGCACGGAUGGAUUUCAUGGUAGGAACUGUACUAUGCCUUGUCCAAAACAACACUUUGGCUGGAAUUGUCUACUAAAAUGCAUGUGCAGCAGUGAAAACUGUCACCAUGUUUAUGGGUGCAAGAGAACUCCAUCAGAAUGUGCAACUGGAAAGUAUGGCGAAUAUUGUGAGUUAUCCUGUCGUUACCCAAACUAUGGGAAUGGAUGUCAGUUGUUCUGUCUUUGUGAUCAAGUCUUAUGUGAUCCUUCUAGUGGAUGUCCAGAAGAUUAUUCAUCAUUGCACAGCAUUGAAAUAUCAACCGCACCUGUAUCUGCUUCAAGUACAAUUUAUACCGAGGUUACAACAGAGGCUGCACCGAAAUCUACCAACAUCCCCAAUACGGACAAAAUAUGUGCCGAGGAGAGGGGAAAUGUAAAUGAAAGCAAUUCUACAUCUUUAAUUGCUGGUAUUAUCAGUCUCCUGAUCCUUGCAGGAAUUUUGCUGACCCUGUAUGCAAUGGCGUAUUUUCAUAAAAGUCGCAUGUAUAGUUCAAGUAGAUACAGCGAUUAAAAGCACACUUUGAAAUUAUGAAAAUUACGACCCCUGCGUUCAAUCAAUAUAUGACUGCAUGAACUAUUUUUUUUCUUUACAUAUAUCUAACAAAAGUAACAAUGCAAUACACGACUCAGGUUUUGCAUUAUUCGGUAUUAUCUAUACCGAUCAAAAACAAAGAAUCACACAUUGAAGAGACGUUAUUUGUCGAAAUGCGCAUCUGGUGCAUCAAAAAUUGGUACCUUAUAAGUUUUACAUUAUGACCCCAAGGGACUUUGCAGCCCAGUAGCUAAGUACUUCGUUACUAGCUUGGAAAUAUGGAUGUAUAUUUAAUUGCUGUUAUAAAAUUUAGAAAUGCAUUUCAAAAUUAAGGAUUAUCUCCCUCACGCAUAGCUCUUAUCCUUAGACAAAUUUGACUCCACUUUUUUGGCACACUGUUUUUCCCUAUAGUAGCUCUAAAACUUCAUUGUUAUUUAGGAUUUCAAACAUUUCGAUUGAGCAUCACUGAAGAGACAUUAUUUGUCGAAAUGUGCAUCUGGUGCACAAACAUUGGUACCGUAUAAGUUUUACAUUGAUAGAUUCCUUGAUCUUAGCAUUCAUACGAAGUUGAAGUUAACAGUUUAGCGGUUUAUAUCAAUGUUUCUCUCUACCACUAAGCUGGACUGAAAAUGGUAUCGGGAUUGUGACUUAAAUAAGAAACUAGAAGCUUCACUAUCCACACGUCAGUAAACAGAGUGAAAAAGAAAUAAAAAGGUCUUCCUAUACGACUUUUAUGCUAUUUUUCUGGUCACCUGUUGUCAGUGAUUAUUUACAGAAGAAAUCUAAAUUCUCCUGUUCUUUCAGGACUUAUCUACUGAUCCUAUCCUCCAAUAUUUUAAUAAUUAUGUCUAUGGAGUGUGCAGUACGUUUGGUUAACACGAUGGAGAUUUUUACAUUUAUGUAGCAAACAGCCGCUGAAGUCAAAGUGAACGUCUCAGAAAAUAUGUUCUAAUCUUCAGUAACAUAUUCCUAGGCGUGAUUACAGUCAUUCAAUUUACAGUUUAUAUACAUAUUUGUCUAUUCUGCUGUGCUGGAUUGAAAAUGGCAUCUCGAUUGCGAUAAACUAGUAACUUCAAUAUCUACAUGUCAUUUAACAGAGUGAAAAGGAAAUAAAGC